AUGCAUCCGUUGGAUAGGGGCCCGGGCAUUCGCGUCCACACCGUGGUCAACAAGUAUCUGCACGAUCCCGAGGCUUCUGUGGUAAACCAAGACUGCGUGCAGCAGGCUGCUCCCUUCGGCCUCGCGAGCAGAUGCAUCGGCACCCUUUCCGAGCAGGAACCGCAGGAGGCGCUCGAUAUUGGCCUGGCGAUGUGUCGCCAGCGCUAUCCCCAGCCUCAAGAUCGAUGCCGGUAUCAACGAGUUGGGUGUGUCUUCGCAGAUGUCACUGUUUCCGUCGUACCAAGACCCAACGAGCACGUGCCAAAGCAAGCGCUCCAGAGCGACAACAUUGGCGUCCACCUCGGUGUUGUCAAGAAUGCAUUGCACUAA